AUGCUUCCCGUCGUCGCCCUCGCAGCCCUGCUGCCCAUGAUCAACGCAGCUCCUGCUGAGGUCAAGCGAGCCGAUGCUUGCACUUUUACCGAUGCUGCUGCCGCCAUCAAGGGCAAGGCUUCUUGCUCCACCAUCACCCUCAACAACAUUGCCGUCCCCGCCGGAACCACGCUUGACUUGACCAAGCUGAAGACCGGCACCAAGGUCAUCUUCCAGGGUACCACUUCAUUCGGCUACAAGGAGUGGGAAGGCCCCCUGAUCUCCGUCUCCGGAACUGACAUCACUGUCACCGGCGCCUCGGGCCACGUCAUCGAUGGCAACGGCUCCAAGUGGUGGGACGGCAAGGGCUCCAACGGAGGCAAGACCAAGCCCAAGUUCUUCUACGCCCACUCCAUGAAGCAGUCCAGCAUCCAGGGCCUGAACGUCAAGAACUCGCCCGUCCAGUUUAUGAGCAUCAACUCGGCCACCGACCUCAACGUCAUCGAUGUGACGUACGACAACUCGGCUGGUGAUAGCGGCAAGCUCGGCCACAACACGGACGCCUUUGACGUUGGUUCCUCCCAGAACAUCUACAUCUCGGGCGCCGUUGUGCACAACCAGGACGACUGCCUGGCCAUCAACUCCGGCACCAACAUCACCUUCACCGGUGGCUCCUGCACUGGCGGCCAUGGCCUGUCUAUUGGCUCUGUGGGAGGCCGUUCCGACAACACCGUCGACACUGUGCACAUCCAGCACAGCAAGGUCAUCAACUCGGACAACGGCGUCCGUAUCAAGACCGUCUCCGGCGCUACCGGCAAGGUCUCCGGCGUGACCUACAACGAUAUCAGCCUGAGCAACAUCGCCAAGUACGGCAUCGUCAUCGAGCAGGACUACGAGAACGGCAGCCCUACCGGCACCCCCACCACUGGUGUCCCGAUCACCGGCCUUACUGUCACCGGCGUCAAGGGCACCGUCGCCUCUUCCGGCACCAACACCUACCUGCUGUGCGGCAAGGGCUCCUGCUCUGGCUGGACCUGGUCCGGCAACAGUGUCACUGGUGGGAAGAAGAGCACCAAGUGCCAGAACAUCCCCAGCGGUGGCGCUGCCUGCUAA